AUGUCAACUAUUCCAACCCCACCAACAUUUAAAACUACUAUCAUAUUAACUAACUUAUCUAAAGAUGAUUUCUUAAGUAGUAAUAGGGACUAUUCAGAAUAUACUUCUAGUUCAAGAAAUACUAGUUCGAGUUCCAAAAGAGAUAAUUUAUCAUUUGUCGAUAGAAUAAAACUUAAUAUCUUGAAUUUACCAGGCCCUAUAAAUGGUGAUAUUAAAGGUACUCCAGAUUAUUAUUUGAAUCAAUUACUGCAUUGGUCAAACCUUCCAUUUUUAAGUAGAGUGAUUAUUAUUUUAAAAGAUGAAUGUGCUGCUAAAUCAUUAUAUGAAUAUUUGAUAAAUGAUGACCCAUUAUUGAAAAGUAAUACAUCAAUAAAGGUGACACUUCAAGAAAAUCUUUUAAGUCGUUCAAGAUCUUUUGAUGGACUGGAUGGUAAUGAAGAAGAAAAUACCCUUGGAGUAUUUUCCAAAUUUAAAAACUAUUAUAAUACUUCAAGUGAUUCUGAUGAACCUAAGUCGCCUACAGAUGAGCAAUAUUCUGAACCUAAACCUAAAUCAUUCAAUGUUUAUGAAGACUUGUCCAAAAUGGGAAUAGAUCUUUCAUCCUUCAAUUCUGAAGAUCAACUUGAUGAAUUAAAAUCUACCCAACCUUCAAUGAAGCCUGUUUCACUCUUAAGAACUAAAUCCCUUACAAAAACAUUGUUUAAACCAGAAUUAAAACUUGCUACAUCUACCGGUGCUGAAUCUAUUAAACAUGAAGUUCCUCCUAGUCCAACCAUUACAUUAGAUGAAACAUUUUAA